AUGACGGCUACAAUCCAACAGAAGGAGUACAAGCUCAAGCUCGACGACUUCGACCUCAAGAACGGCGACAAAGUCGAGGCCGAGAUCGACGGGCUCGAGGGCGCCAAGGUGCUGUUGCUGAAAGCUAAUGGCCAGUUGAGAGCUCUCGGGCCGAGGUGCACUCACUACGGUGCGCCUCUGGUCAAGGGCGUGGUUUCCGAUGACGGCCGCAUCACCUGUCCCUGGCACGGCGCCUGCUUCGAUACCACCAACGGCUUCGUCGAGAACGCUCCGGCACUGGACCAUCUCACUUCAUACCAUGUCACGGUGCGUGACGGUGCCGUGUACGUUCGCGGCGACGAGGAAACUUUUAAGGCCGGCAGACGGGUCCCCAACAUCGCUUGCUCUCCGCGUGCGAACGAGAAGGUCUUGAUUGUUGGAGGAGGAUCAGGAGCUAUGGGCGCCAUCGAGGGAAUCCGUGAGAAGGGAUACACAGGCCAGGUUACAGUGCUUUCGAAAGAGGCGUAUCUGCCGAUUGACCGUACGAAGCUCUCAAAGGCUUUGAUUCAAGAUGUCGCAAAGGUCCAGUGGAGGGACGCGGAGUUCUACAAGGCGGCUGGAAUUGACUUUCAUUUAGAGAAAGAGGUCGAGUCAGUUGACUUUGCAGGACAUAAGCUGAAGACUAAGGAUGGAGAGGAGUUUGAGUACAACAAGGUCAUCUUCGCUACCGGAGGCACCCCGAAACGGCUACCGAUGGAGGGGUUCAAAACGCUAGGCAAUGUGUUCGUUCUCAGGGGCAUUAAUGAUGUGGAGAGGAUUUUGAAAGCGGCCGGCGACCACAAGAAGAAGAUUGUCGUAAUUGGCUCGAGUUUCAUUGGAAUGGAGGUUGGCAAGUGUCUUAGCGGCAAGGGCAACGAGGUCACCAUUGUCGGAAUGGAGUCAACCCCUCUAGAACGAGUGAUGGGUCCUCAAGUGGGUGCCAUUUUCCAGCGUCAGCUCGAGAAGUCGGGCGUCAAGUUCUACAUGAGUGCCCAGGUGGACGAUGCGAAGCCCUCUUCGUCAGAUUCGUCGGUCGUUGGUUCGGUGGCCUUGAGGAGCGGUGAGAGCCUGGAGGCAGACCUGGUGAUCCUCGGAGUCGGUGUGGCUCCCGCCACCGAGUACUUGAAGGCCAGCGGCAUUAAGCUUGAAGAUGACGGAAGCGUUGCCGUUGACGACCACUGGAGAAUCAAGGGUGUUGAAGAUGCCUAUGCAGUUGGCGAUAUCGCCACAUAUCCUCACGGUAGCGGAGUGGUUCGAAUCGAGCACUGGAACGUCGCCCAGAAUGCUGGUCGCCAGGCGGGACGUCACAUUGCCAACAAGCGCAAGCCCAUUCCGUUCACGCCCAUCUUCUGGUCAGCUCUCGGAGCCCAGCUUCGCUACUGCGGAAACUCAAGUGGAGGUGACAAGCAUGACGAUGUGAUCCUCUUGGGAGAACCCGACAAAGACAAGUGGGUUGCGUAUUACACGCAGGGCGAGAAAGUGGUUGCCGUGGCGAGCCAGGGCACUGAUCCUGUGGUCGUCCAGUGCGCCGAGUUGAUGAGGAGGAGUAAGAUGCUGUCGAAGAGCGAUAUCCAGGCUGGAAAGAGUCCGUUGGAUGUCUAUCCACCAGCUGAGAUUACUGCGGCUUAG